CAGUACUCCUCCAACCUUGGUUUUCAAUGGAAGCCGUGAGCACAUGAACAGUAGGAAAGGCCGCAGUGCUUUUUUGGAAACACUAAUUAAAGGGGUAGACAUUGAAAGGUCCCGCCUAACCCCGCCCAUAUUUUCCGGGCAACCCCGCCUUUGUUUACUGCGCAUGCUCAGUAGGGACGCUCUCGAUAACAAGAUCGCGAUCUCAGAAUACAAGAUGACUUCCUACGCUAGAGAAUUUGAUUUAAGUACUUCAUCAUGUCACCCACAAAAUGCAGACCCAUACUGCAAGUGCACUAGCUGUCGUGAAGUUAGCAAAGCAAUCUCGCAACUAACCGACCCAAAGAAGGACUACAGCUGUCCCUCAGACGUGAGACUUGGAGCUAGGGUACUGGUACGUGGGCGGUAUGCCGGUAGCAUAAGAUACGUGGGGGACUUGGACAGUAAUUUCGUUAACAGUAAAAUAUACAUUGGAGUUAAACUAGAUGAUCCAGUUGGUAAACAUGAUGGCCUUCAUCAUGGCAAGAGGUUUUUUAAGUGUCCUCCAAGACACGGAAUAUUUGUACCACUGGAACAAAUACAUGUGACUGUUCCUGUUGGCAAAGGUAGUGGACUACAUAAAUCUAGGAAACAGAACUCGAGUCAAAAGCCAACAUCAUUAUCAAAUGAUCAAGUUAGUGUCAUACCAUUAGUUGGUUCUCAGCCCAGUACCAGUAUCAUCACUAACAGUACAGAGAGAGCUCAUACUGUCUCAGGGGCUCGCCUACGUCAAAGAAGCUCCUCAACAAUCGAAGCAAACACCUCAAACCUAUUCAUAGUCAAACCUGUGAGACCAAAGACUGCCGGGAAAAACCUUAAAAGAGACGGGGCUACGGCUCCGAGCCCAUCAAUACUUACUCCUCUAUCGUCUGAGUUGAUGCAUUCAUCGUAUCAAAGUUCCUCCAAUUAUGAAGGAGAUGAGGAGAAAGAUGAAGAUAGUGCAGAGAGCAGCAGUCUACCUAGUUUGACCAGAUUGACUAAGUGUGAGCAGUCGGCAUUGAAACUACCCCGUCCUCCAGCAAAUGAGAUGAAUACCGACGAAUGGAAGAAAAACAUAGAAGCAAUAAAAGCUAAUCCAACCACACCCAAACUCUACCUCACCCGCCCUCCAUCGACAGCUGACAGAGAAUGCUUUGCAUUAGAAGGGAAGAAGAGAACAGAUGAAAGAGACUUCAUAUCAAGAGCUAACAAUCUACAACUGAAAUCAUCUUAUACCUCGCGUUUGCUUUCUGGCCUACCUAAGUACGAGAUGGUAGUACCAUUCCUUCCUGAAGACCAGACCAGUGGAGAUGUGGAACAGUUCAGCUAUUGGUUGAAGAAGUGGGGAGGAGGGAUCAAAGGAUGGAAGAUGGCAACUACACUACAGAAACUAAAGGACGCCAAGAGACAAGGAGACACUGAAAUACAGUGGCAGGAGAAGAUUGAUGAUCUUGAAUCCGACGAAGAGUUUUCCAAGCAAGUAAAGCACAUUAAGAAGCUUCAGUCAGAACUCUGUGAGCUUCGUGCUCACAGAGACAAGUAUGAGAAAGAACUCCGUCUGAAAACCUUCACUCUCUCAAGCCAUGGUAAUGCAAUGACAAUGGAGAAAAUGCAAGAAUCAGUUCUAGACUAUCAGAAGAAAGCAUUGGAAGAAGAGGAGGUGUGCGAGAAACUUGUUGAUGUGAUUAGAGCUCACAAAAUGGCUUCACUCAUAGAUUCUGUAACACUGAACUGGCUCACAUAAAAAGAUUAAUUAUAAUGUUCCCUCUGAUUUAAUUAUUCUGUUAGAACUUACUUUUAAAAAUGAACCAAAAUUACAUUAUUUGUAAUCUUCCGCUUAAAUUAGUAUACUUUAAUGACAGUU